CCGCGCCCCCAGAGCGCCGCUGAGCCCGCGCCCGGCCGUGCCGGCCCUUUCCCAUGCGGGCGGCGCGGGCCCUGGGAGGGGCGCCCGCAGCCAGCCGCGCAGCAUGCACUGGGGGGUUGGCUUUGCCUCGUCCAGGCCGUGCGUGGUGGAUCUGAGCUGGAACCAGAGCGUCUCCUUCUUCAGCUGGUGGGCCGGGUCCGAGGAGCCCUUCACCUUUUAUGGGGACAUCAUCGCUUUCCCUUUGCAGGAUUACGGUGGGAUCAUGGCAGGGCUGGGCUCCGAUCCCUGGUGGAAGAAAACCCUUUACUUGACCGGGGGAGCUUUGCUGGCCGCAGCUGCGUAUCUGCUCCACGAACUCCUGGUCAUUAGGAAACAGCAGGAGAUUGACUCCAAAGAUGCUAUUAUUUUGCAUCAGUUUGCAAGACCUAACAAUGGUGUCCCCAGUUUAUCUCCGUUCUGCUUGAAAAUGGAAACUUAUUUAAGGAUGGCUGACUUACCCUAUCAGAACUAUUUUGGUGGAAAACUCUCUGCUCAAGGAAAAAUGCCUUGGAUUGAAUAUAAUCAUGAAAAAGUUUCUGGGACAGAAUUCAUAAUUGACUUUCUGGAAGAGAAACUUGGAGUGAAUUUAAACAAAAACCUUGGUCCUCAUGAAAGAGCCAUCUCCAGGGCGGUGACUAAGAUGGUGGAGGAGCAUUUCUACUGGACCUUAGCUUAUUGCCAGUGGGUGGACAAUCUCAAUGAGACCCGGAAGAUGCUCUCUCUUAGUGGUGGCGGUCCCUUCAGUAACCUGCUGAGGUGGGUCGUGUGCCACAUAACGAAAGGAAUCGUGAAACGCGAGAUGCACGGCCACGGCAUUGGCCGCUUCUCAGAGGAAGAGAUUUACAUGCUGAUGGAGAAGGACAUGCGGUCGUUAGCGGGGCUUCUGGGUGAUAAGAAGUACAUCAUGGGGCCCAAGCUUUCCACUCUCGAUGCCACUGUGUUUGGACACUUGGCACAGGCAAUGUGGACCUUACCUGGGACGAGACCUGAGCGGCUGAUAAAAGGUGAGCUGAUCAAUCUGGCCAUGUACUGUGAGAGGAUAAGGAGGAAAUUCUGGCCCGAGUGGCACCAUGAUGAUGACAAUACCAUCUAUGAGUCCGAGGAGAGCAGUGAAGGCAGCAAAACGCACACGCCCCUGCUGGAUUUCAGCUUUUACUCAAGGACAGAGACCUUUGAAGAUGAGGGAGCAGAGAACAGUUUUUCCAGGACCCCAGAUACAGAUUUCACUGGACACUCGCUCUUUGAUUCCGACGUGGACAUGGAUGACUACACAGACCAUGAACAGUGCAAGUGAUGUUUGGCCUCGCUGACCCUCUUCUGUUGGAGCUACCCCUCCCUGGGGUCGGUCCAGCUUCCCAGGUAGAAAUUCCUCCGAGCUGGGAGGAGGUCAUCGUGCUUGGCACAGUUCUCCCAGACUAACUGGACUAGAGCAGCCUUAUUUCUUUUGUUUUUGUACAAAUAAAACACAGAACCAUUCCAAUGGCUCCAUUGAAAACAAACAGGCAAAAAAAAAAAAAAAAAAGUCAGCAUGGUUUCUGAAGUCCAUUUUUGUUUUCAUUAGAAAACUAACAUUGUGUGGUAGAGCAGGUGCAAGAGCGGGUCACCCACAGACUGUGGUGACAUUGAUCCCCUUCAACCCGAGGGCUUGGUUGUGAGAUGGAUUCUUGAACAUCCUUCAUGCAGCAGGGUUCAAAGUCAUGGAAGAGGUCAUCAGAAGAAAUGUAGGACAUAAGUGUUCUAAGGUGGCUGCUUGUAUUUUAUGUGUGUCUAUUGUAUAUUGAGAUACAAGUCAAAUAAAAUCCAUAGGUAUUCAGUGAACACCUGCUAUGUGUAAAGCACUGUGCUAGGUGCUAACCAGUAUCAGUUUUAUUCUAAGCCCUGCCAGUGACUAGCUGUGUGAUUUCGGGCAAGUCCCUUAAUUCUUGUGUGCCUCAUUUCCCCCACCUGUAAAGUGGGGGUGACAAUAGUCUCCACCUACCUACCUCACAGGGGUGUUGUGAGGAUUCAUGUGGUAACAUUCGGCGCUUCAAACCUCUGGGAAGAGGUGUGACAUAAACACGUUUUACUCCUUGACGGGCUUCAUACGUGUGAAGAUUGGAGGGCAAAGGAAUUCCAUCUCCAGCAGCCAUAGUCACUAGCCAAAGCCAAGCUGGUGGAACACACACCAUGACAUGGUUAGGAUUCUGUCAUCGUCAUCUCUGUGAUCUCGCUUGAAUGGAAAUCUUUUGUUGAGAGAACCUUGGAAAUAUUUUUACAGAUCAUCAACAGCUGCAAACAGUCUUCAAUUCCACUGUAUAUUUGCAAAGAAGACUUUCUUUCGUUGCCUGAACGCAAGCCGGCACAUUGUCCUUUGUUGACUCCAGACUGUUAAGUUGCCUACGUUCGCUUUACUCGGAGGGAAUAAAGCUCAGGAAUAGGAUGGGUUUAAUAGACGUGAAGGGAAAAGGAUUUGGUUUUUGCAAGCAGAAGCUUGCCAACUUGUAAUGUCUUUUUUUUUUUUUUUUUUUUUUUUUUUUUUUUUUUUUUUUGGCAAACAAAUCUUGCAAGAUGCAUUGAAAAGAUGAGGUAGGAAGAGGAUCGUGUAACUGGUAUCAAAGCACUUUGUGCAGUGUAGACUCUAUGCAGUUUUCUUCAUGCACCUUUUCUGGUAUUCUCAGCCAUUGUCCAGUGAGGGGAAGACAACGCUGAGGAAAACCUUAAUGUUUCUUAAGGGUUUCUCCUUGCCUCCCUGUAUCCCUCUUCCUCCCCUGGAACACCUGAACUCUUGGGGAUACUGUUGUGAUGAAAGCUCUCUGUCUCUGAGCUUGUAGUUUUGGUUGACUUACAGUGACAAAUGGGGUGAUGGCUGUGCAUUUGGGCUUCUUACCACAACUUGACUGGGUAAGGGUUGUACCUUAUGGGGUUAAAGAGGAACUUCUUAAAAGACAGUAACUUCUUCUGAGAAGUCCGUGUACUUUACUUGAAAAAGACUCUCUUCGAAUAUGGUUUUGGCAAAACAAUCCUAAAAUGUGGCUUCCCAAAGAGGUAAAGGGGAAGAGUUUUCGAAGCUAUUUACCAUUUAAGCAACUGGGUAGGGUGUAUGAAACUGGGAAGAAAUGCUGAAAUACUCUAAGUUAGACAUUUUUAUUUUACAGAAACUCAAUUGUUAAUAUCUUAUUAAGCACCACCAUCUUUGAGAGGACUGUUUGAUGCCCAGUGAGAAUGUGUUGGGGAAUAUAUGAGUGGAUAAGCCUCUCUGUUUCCAGCAUCGUUUGGACUCUUCACCUCUUCUUGCUCUAGCAAGCGUGUUCCAAGGCCAGCUGGUGGUAGUUCUGUGUGACCAGGGAAACUUGUGGCCCGAAAAUGUGAAUGUAAUGAACAGAUAUACUGUGGACCCAACUCCACAAAGGCUGAGCUGCCCUUUCCCGACCUUCAACUGGAAAGAGCUGUGUUGGGAAUUUUGUCUACAAUAUAUUCUUUCUGUAGAGCACCAGGUGUGAUGUAGCUUCAUGCCAAGAAUGAUUGAAUUAUGACUAUGUAGAGUCACAUAUAUUUUAAAAAAAAUUUAGUAUUUCGUUUAUUCAGUAGAAAUGAAAUUAAUAUCUUCAUGGAUGGUAUAUAAAUCCCAUACAUAUAAGCCCAUAAUUAAAAACACCCCUUUAAAAACUGUUGUGUUUAAGGAAAUUUAGAGUAUUCCAUUUUAAAGAACACCCGACUCUCCUCUGCCCUUAAUUUUGGUGAUAAGAAUAAAGGACCCUUCAUCUAGCUGGCAUUGAUUUUUUUUGGCAUUUCAUGGUGAUUUCUUUUAGAAAACGAAAACUUCUCUUUAAUUACUAUUUUUAAAUUGCUAAUUUGAAAAAGUUACUAGUAGGAGUCACAUAUAUUUUUUAUUGUGUGUUACUUAGAGGGCAAGUCCAUGGAGAGCCAGCGUUCAAAGUGCGGUUGUGAAUCCUUCCUUCAUUCUCUCAAGGCCCCUCCCACAGGAACCUGAAUAAACAUUGCCGUGUGGAGCCCUGGGUUCUGCCUGGCAGCUUAUGACCAGGUACCUAGCAUUUUGUAACUUGAUUUGGAGCCCUAGAACAUACCCAGGUUUUACUUUCCCUAGGUAAGGUAUGGAAAUAAACUGAUCAAGACAAAAACCACCGUGAUGUGGGUGACUGAUGCGGUCUUGACUGAAAGGGCAUUGACUGUAUGUGCUUCAUUCCUGAGCUACCCAGAUUUGAAGUGUUCUCCAAUUUGAUGAACAGGUGCUACUUACAAGAAACAUUAUAAGAAAGUAGGGGAUAUUUUGGUCCUCUGGCUCACUUGUUCAAGACCUGCAUUUCUUUUUUGACUAGAGGGUAAUGUAAGGAUAUGUGGUCUUUAAUGUUCACAGAUGCUUUUGGAUGGAGAGAGGAUCCAUGGGCCAUCUGUUUUUUUUUUUUUUUUUUUUUUUUUUUUUUUUAAGCCCUCAUUGUAACAUUAAAUUCUGCCCCUUCUCUCCACUUCCCUUUGCCUCACCCCACCCCCAUCCCACUUAUCAGGAUGAAGGAGCAGCAUGCUGCUUUGCUUUGCAUAUGUCAGAGUAGAUGGGAUACAAGGAUGAUUUCAGUUUCUGCAGAGGUUCCCAUUUCUUGUUGUAACAUCAUGGUUUGUGAAUAAUGACACUGCCCAGGCCACAGGUUACCCAGCCGACUGAUCACAGACUUAGAACAACCGGACUUGAAUCACGCCUGCAGUCUUGCCCUCACCUGAGCCAUGCCUGUGUUCACGGAGGGCUGAGGUAUGUGUUUGUGAAAUGGCUGGGGUUCAAGGAAAGGAAGCAUUAAGCUUCGUAGUUGCAGGGCUCUUGCUUAGAUUCUUUGAGAGUGUAGACACAUAGAAACAGAUAGCUGGACUGGGAUUAGCUCUGAAAAGCUAUCUUUAGUUGGAGGGCGGGCUCAGAACUGAGGUCUUUGACCUUGCCUUACAUGGUUCUUGCCCUUACAUCAGCUUGACUUGGUUUCCUUUUAAAACCCACUUUCCUGAGGGGUCACUCCAUGUUUACAGAACCAGCACCCCCCCCCCCCAACCUCUCUCAGAGAGUGUUGGAAUCCUCCACUCUUCUCCCCUCUAACAGCUCAGCCUAGUCCAGGCCAAUUCAAGGGAACUUUCUUCAGUAUCUACUCUGUGCAAGGCGCUGCCAGACUCUGUGAAUGGCACCAAGAUGGACAGCCAAAUCACCAAGACUUCUCAUUCUUGGAUUAUAUCUUUUAAGAAAUCCGUGCCCAGAUGCUGUCUCCCUGCAUGUUCAGUUACUCACUGGUAUGUUGAUAGCCACUUAUCUGAGCCUGGCCCUGGGAUCCACACUGCAUAGAGAGCCAUGAGUGGAACAGACAUGGCACCCUGGUUUUAGGGCAUUCUCUUUUGCCUAAGUGUCUGUGAUAGCCUCUUUUGCAUGCUUGGCCACUUCCCUGAUCUAUUCCCCACAUCACCACUAAGUAUUUCUGAAAAGCUGAGAGGAUGCUGCAUUGCUUCAGGAUGAGGUUUCCCUUAGUGCCUGCUGUUCUCACCUCUUUACCCACCCUGUUGCUCCUCAAGAGCCUCCAGUGCAGCGAGGCUGGUCCAUUUGCUGUUGCCUAAACACGUCUCACAUACCCCCGUUGGAGCCUCUGUUCCUGCCAGCCCCUCUCCACGGGCCCACAUCAGAGACACCUAACAAGUUCUGCACAAAGAGGUCUCAGCUCAUUAUCAUCUCCCCUUCCUCUAGAAACACAGCAUGGGAAAGGGGUGCCCAGAAAUUGGGCCAAUUCCUGAAAAGUAAUGGUUUUUAAUUUUGGUGUUUGCACUGAUAAUCCAAUUCAAAUCCUAUGCCCCAGUCCCAGAAGAAUACAGACAUGCAAAUAUGUGAAAUUUUACAUGUAAGUUCAGGAGACUUAGAGACAUUCUGAAGUGAUCCAUGGAUUCCUUGAGGGGUUCAUGGACUGCAGUUGAAGAAAGCCUUCUUCUAAAGGGUUUUCACAAGUUCCUGUUGUUGGUGUUCUUUCUUGCCUUUACCACAGCCACAGGGGAGACUAAUUGCAAGCCAAAGGAAUCUCUGUUGUUAUCCAGUGGAGAAUGUGCUGAGUGACAGGGCAGGAAGAAGAGGUGUCAUAUUAAUUGAGAACUUAUCUUUGUUUUGACAAGUGUGUCAUUUUUUGCAAGAGAUAGGGUUUUGUUGUCAUCGUCAUUGUUGUCAUCUACCUUCUAACACUCCAAAAGGUUGAUUUCAAAAAAAAAAAAAUAUGAGUUUAGGACCAGGGGAGCUUCUGCAUGGAUAGGCUGACCAACUUGGGGCUUAAGAUGAGAGAGAAGAGGCAGGAUUUUUCCCUACAGGAGAAAAUUCUGCACAAUCAGGUUUUUCUGCAUUAGUUAAUUAAUUACUUCCUAGAACAAUUGUUGAGUAUAUUUUCAGUGAAAGGAUGGUGCCUUUGUUGAUAGAGAACUACUCAGGUUCUUCUUUCUCCUCCCCCUCCUCCUUCUUCCUCCUCCCUCCUCCCUCUCUUCCUUCUCCUCCUCUUCCUCCUCCUCUUCUUCUCCUUCUUCCUCCUCUUCCCUCUCCCUUUCCUUCUUCUUCUUCCUCUUCCUCUCCUUCUCCUUCUUCUUUUCUUUUCUUUUAUAGGGCGAAGCACUUUUGUUGCUCCUGGCUAUGCCCCAUACCCUUUGUUCUCCUUUAUGUGCAGUUCUGUUUAAGAUUAACAAGGGCUGAUGAAAGUACAUCCGGUGACAAAUACUUCUUGAGUCUAAAUGCUGAUCUCCAGCAACCCAACUUGAGCAGGUCCAGGAUCAAUUGCCUGUGGCCGUGGAGUGCUUGACCUUUUUCCACUUGCUUUUGGUGGUCUGGAUGCCACUUUUGAGGUUCCAAAGGAUUCCCUUGGUGGGGAAUCCCUCUUGCCUGCAGAACACUUGCUAGUGCCAGGACUAAAUGCAAACAUGGGCCUUUCCUCAUCUAAUUUCCUUUCUAGAAAUUUAGGCUUUUAGUCACUGACUUUAAAGAAUAUCUUAAAGAUAUUUGAAGUUCUUUAACCUUUAAGACAACUGGAACCAGCAACAUAUUGGCCUUGCCCCUUGGAGAAGGUUACAAAGAAUACUGACAAAUAGCAUAAAAGAAAGCCACUCACUGUUUUGGGGCUGACAAUGUGACCUCCCCAACCAUUCUGGCUCUCAUCAAAGCAGGGAACUCAUCCCCAGACCAAAACUCUCUGAAACUUAUGCUCAUGGCUAGAUCAUUAGGAUGCUCAAAUUGCAAGAGGAUUAUUGCCCCUAACUGUCAAAUUUGUAGGCAAAUAAGGGGGACGGUUGCAAUAAUCAAACAGUGGCUUUUGGAUGUGGUCCAACCAGCACCAACACUCCUGAUCAUAUCUGUGGGGAAACAAGUUAUCUAGAGCAAAAGAUUGGUACAGUACCUUGGUGUUCCAUUCACAGUGAAAUAAUUUCAGCAAUGAACUUGAUGGCCUUCUUGAAGAUUUUUCAAUUGCUGUUAUCCUUAAUUACAGCUUUAAAGAUUUUGAGACAAUUCACUAACUAUAGAGCAAUAUAUAUUUACGAUGAUAUUUCACUUUGUGAAAAGUAGUCUAAAUAUGACUAAUUCAGCUCCCACUCUCACUGGCAAGCAUCCCCCCCUCCCUGGUUUUUUCUUUUUUUUUUCUUUUGGCUCUAGAAUAGAGUGCUUUCUAUUUAUUAGUAAAGUUGAAACCUUUUUUCUUCUUUAGUAUUAAAAAAAUUACCCCAUGGCUUUGAAAACAAUAGAAUUCAGUGCCUGAAUUGCCAAGUUAACCAGUAGUGGCUACAUAGAUAGCAGCAGGAAUGUAAUAUAAUUGGAGGCUGGAAAAGAGUAAUUCUUGGGGUACUUGCUACCCCUCUCUUCUUAAAAAAACAGCAAUCCUUGGACUUUUUAAUAGUUGUUUGCAGUUGGAAACAUUCUCUCAUGUUUGCUUCUCUCCCCCAACUAGAGAUCACAUUGGACUUUAUUAAAACAUCUACCAUGUCCAAAUGAUUGUAUUUUUAUCUUCAGCAAAUUAUAUCUGAAAUCUUUUGCAGCAAUAAGACUAAAGAUGAGGCUCAAAUUUUUGGAGGGAUCUCUGCUUCAGUAGGGGCAACGUGUUUGUGUUACUUCUGUCAAAAUGGUUUUACCUCAAAUAAUCCAUUUCAUGGGAUCAUGCUUACUGUAAACAUAUGUUUUUCCCAGCACCCCGUGUCCGGCUGAGUGUCUGACAACUGCAGCGUUGAUGAGGGUGAUGGCUCCUCCAUAGUAGCGGUUGAAAAGAUGUGGGUCUGAGUACUUUAUCGGGAGGUAUUUGAAUUUCACUGAGUGGGAGGAGAGAAGGAAAGAGAACAGAUACUGGCUUCGAGCAACCAUGUGGUAUGGCUGUAUUAGAGAUGUGUCGGCACGCUGGAAAUUUUCUAGGUAGUGGCAUCUUACUAAAACAAUGCAGAUGACUACAGGUUUAAAUAAAAAACAAAGGCCAUCUGUAGGGAAGGCUUGUCUGUGAAUAUCCCAGUGGCUGGUGCAGCAAGCAUUGGAGAAAUGUUGAGCAUUGCCCUGGUUUCUGGCUUGUUCUCCUGAGCUGUCCCAUCUGAGGCUGGGCCUGGGCACAAGAGGCGUAGCCCCAGGGUGUCCACUCCUUUGAUUCUGGAACUUACUUCUGGUCUCUCAAAAACGUUUGUGGCAUAUAGUUUCCAUUUUAUAAUAUACUAUGUAAAGAAUGUAUUUGUAUAUUUGUUUUAUAGAAACUGUCAGUGUUUGGAGACACGCCAGAUCAUCCUUAUGUAGGCAAGUGGUCUCCAAACCUUUGUAAAACUUUCUCAGCAUGCCCUUCAGCGUAUUUAUUUAUAAACACAUACACACACUGCUCUAUUGAUAUGUUAUGAACGUUAAAAACCAUAGAAAACAUAGAAAUUUACAAAGAAUUUUCUCCUCGACAAUAGAGUUUAGAGAAUGGGGCAAGGAAGACUUAAAAGUUGACACCUAGAAAACUGGUUAGUUAACGAAUGUGUGUGUAACAUUGGCGGGAAAGUGGAUGUAAAAUAGGCAUGGACGCAUGAUUUUAGGUCAAGGUCAUUCAUUCAUUCAUUCUUACAAUACAUUUUUGGUUGGGGAAGAGAAGAAUGGCUAAUUAGGUAUGAUCUUUACAAGAGCUCUUUUAAAUUCUGUUUUGGGGACCACUUGAUCUAGAACGUCUUGUACAUUCCUGAACAAUUACUCAGUACCUUGACUUAGCAAAACCAGAAAAGAAAGGAAGGGAAAAGGACCUCAACAAUGCAGAUGCUGACUCUGUUGCCUGAGAAUUUCUGAAUCUGAAAGUCCUGCUAAGCAUCAUCUCACUGAUUGUGCGUCUUUCUUCUCUUUGUUUAUAAUAUCCCAUCUCUAAAUGUGUGGAAGAUGUAGAGGUGUAUUUUCCAGAUCUCUGAGAUGGGAAGGACCAAUGUUAGUGUAAUUCGAACCCACGUUUCAGCGGCUUGGGGGCUGAUGGGUGGACACUGCCUGCAAACAUUUACCUGCACCAUCUGUUUUGCAAACACAAUGAUGAGCAUCUUGCUGAACUUUGAGGGCCUCCAUGUGGAGGCGGCAUUCCCAGUGUUUAUUUCUGGACCUCUGAGUUACUUUAGCACAGUUAUUGUUCGUAGUUUAUAAAGCCAUAUCUAAACUUGUACACUUGAUUGUAAGAUAGAUUUGAAUUGUGCACUAUGUUGAUUACUGUAUAUAAAUGUGGAAAUUCUGUAUAUUUGGUCUUAAUGCUGUAUGUAUUUGAUGUGUAAAUGAUAACUAAUGGAUAUGAAAUA